CAGAAAAGCGAAGUCCUCGUCGCUCAAAAGAGAUUUAAGAACUCAAAAGAAAUCAUCUCUCUACGCCGGGCUUCGCCAUUAAAGAUCAAAGAGGUGGAGAGAGGAGCUUCCCGAAGAAACUUCUUCGUUUCUCUCCACGGAUCCGAAGGCUGAAACGCUGAGCUGAAUCACUGUUAACAGAUAAAGAAGAGAUGGAGGAUUAUGAGAGCAGUAGGAACGAGAGGUUGGCGGAGUUGAUGAAGGAGUCAUGUUGUAGCCAGUUCUACAUGGGCCCCAAUCCCUGGAUGGCCCGGUACGUCUACGGCCUAAUUUUUCUGCUUACGAAUCUAUUAGCCUGGGCGGUUCGGGAUUACGGACAAAGCGCAUUGACCGAAAUGGAAAGACUAAAAGGAUGUAAAGGUGGUCGUUACUGUUUGGGUACAGAAGGCGUUCUGCGAGUUAGUCUCGGUUGUUUCAUAUUCUAUUUCACAAUGUUUCUUUCAACGGCUGGUACAAGAAAGCUGAAUGAGCGUAGUGAUUCAUGGCACUCUGGAUGGUGGUCUGCUAAGAUCCUUGUGUGGAUUGCAUUGCUCGUGCUCCCAUUUUUUGUUCCAAAUGCACUUAUUCAGUUCUACGGGGAGAUAGCACAUUUUGGUGCCGGGGUCUUCCUCUUGGUUCAACUCAUUAGUGUGAUCAGUUUCAUAACAUGGCUCAAUGACUGCUGUCAGUCAGACAAAUAUGAAGGUAGAUGUCGUAUCCAGGUAAUAUUACUUUCAGUUGCUGCAUAUAUUGCUUGCAUGGUGGGUGUUGUUUUAAUGUAUAUAUGGUAUGCACCAAUGCCAUCUUGCUUGCUUAACAUCUUCUUCAUCACCUGGACACUAGUACUUCUCCAAUUAAUGGCCUGUGUUUCCCUCCACCCAAAAGUAAACGCUGGUUUCUUAACCCCAGGGUUAAUGGGGCUUUAUGUGGUAUUUAUCUGCUGGUGUGCCAUUAGGAGUGAACCACCAACAGAGACUUGCAACAGAAAGGCAGAAGCUGCAGCCAGGGCAGACUGGCUUACAGUCAUAAGCUUUGUUAUUGCACUACUUGCAAUGGUUAUAGCAACAUUCUCAACUGGGAUAGAUUCUAAAUGCUUCCAGUUCAGGAAGGAUGAAGUGCAGGCUGCAGACGAUGUUCCAUAUGGUUACGGAUUCUUCCAUUUUGUUUUUGCCACAGGAGCCAUGUACUUUGCAAUGCUAUUGAUUGGUUGGAAUGCUCACCACACCAUGAAAAAGUGGACAAUUGACGUAGGAUGGACCAGUACCUGGGUCAGAAUUGUGAAUGAAUGGUUAGCAGCUUGUGUCUACAUAUGGAUGCUGCUUGCCCCACUUGUUUGGAAGAAGAGACAGUCAAUGGAAUCUACUUGAGAAGUUGGAAUUUGGAAAUGCAUCUUAAUUCUUUCCUCUUCAUUGCCUUUCAUUCGGUGUUUACUGCAAUCAAUUCAAAUUAGAAGCCAUUUUCUCCAGGCACUUCCUGCUCGCUCACAAGUUAAAAGAGAACCCAUGCUGCCAGAGAAACACGCAUAUACAUGUUCUCUGAAUUGGUUUAAUGGUCAAAUGGACAUAGAGAUCUGCAACUUACUUGAGCUAAGCAUCUUUAUAUUUGUAAAUACACUUGGAAGCCCCAAGGUCCUGCACUGUAAAAGAGCUUAGCAGUUUUCUUUCUUUGUCAUUAAUUAAAAGGCACAGCUUAUAAGUGUUCUUACAUUAGCUUA